AUGGAGACCUGGUCUAGUGUGAUAUUGCCAGUUAGACAUUCAAAGGUACCUCAGACUCAACAUAUCCGAGACCUAGCUGAUGCUUUUUACCUGGAUUUCCCCAUUAUGGUGUCUGCCAUCACCAAACACCAUAAUUGGGCUGGUGGUGAGACAGAAAUAUCACGGCAGCAGGGUGUGGCAGAGGAAGUUACUCCGCUUAUAGCAGCCAGGGAGCAGAGAGAGAAAAGGACAGAGCCUGAGAGGAUGGAGCCAGGGAGCAGGGCAGAAAAGACUGAAGUUCUGAGCGAAGACCUUCUUCAGGUGGAAAAGCGCCUGGAGCUGGUAAAGCAAGUGUCUCACAGCACACAUAAGAAGCUCACCGCGUGUCUACAGGGCCAGCAAGGGGCAGAGGCUGACAAGCGCUCCAAAAAGUUGCCUUUGACAACAUUGGCUCAGUGUCUGAUGGAAGGGUCAGCUAUCCUGGGUGAUGACACACUUCUUGGGAAGAUGCUGAAACUGUGCGGGGAGACAGAGGACAAGCUGGCUCAGGAGCUGAUCCAUUUUGAGUUGCAAGUGGAGAGAGAUGUGAUCGAGCCUCUGUUUCUACUGGCUGAGGUGGAAAUCCCAAAUAUUCAAAAGCAGAGGAAACAUUUAGCAAAGUUGGUGCUGGACAUGGACUCUUCGCGAACCAGGUGGCAGCAGACUUCCAAGUCUUCAGGUCUGUCCAGCAGCUUACAGCCUGCGGGUGCCAAAGCUGAUGCCCUCAGGGAAGAGAUGGAGGAGGCUGCCAACAGAGUGGAGAUUUGCAGGGACCAGCUCUCUGCUGACAUGUACAGUUUUGUGGCCAAAGAAAUUGACUAUGCAAACUACUUUCAAACGCUAAUAGAAGUGCAAGCUGAAUACCACAGGAAAUCUCUGACACUGCUACAGGCUGUGUUGCCUCAAAUAAAAGCACAACAAGAGGCCUGGGUGGAGAAGCCUUCCUUCGGGAAGCCUCUGGAGGAGCACCUCACGAUCAGUGGCCGGGAGAUCGCCUUCCCCAUCGAGGCGUGUGUGACAAUGCUGCUGGAAUGUGGCAUGCAGGAGGAGGGCCUCUUCCGUGUAGCUCCUUCUGCCUCCAAGCUGAAGAAGCUUAAAGCUGCGCUAGACUGCUGUGUGGUGGACGUGCAGGAAUACUCAGCCGACCCCCAUGCUAUUGCAGGGGCUUUGAAAUCUUACCUCCGAGAGCUGCCAGAACCUCUUAUGACCUUUGAACUCUAUGACGAGUGGAUCCAGGCUUCCAAUAUUCAGGAGCAAGACAAGAGGCUUCAGGCUCUGUGGAAUGCUUGUGAGAAAUUGCCCAAGGCCAAUCAUAACAACAUCCGGUACUUGAUCAAGUUUUUAUCCAAGUUAUCAGAAUAUCAAGAUGUAAACAAGAUGACUCCCAGUAACAUGGCAAUUGUCUUAGGACCCAACCUUCUAUGGCCACAAGCAGAAGGGAAUAUCACCGAGAUGAUGACCACAGUUUCACUGCAGAUUGUCGGGAUCAUCGAGCCCAUCAUCCAGCACGCGGACUGGUUCUUCCCUGGGGAGAUAGAGUUCAAUAUCACAGGCAAUUACGGGAGUCCAGUACACGUGAACCAUAAUGCCAACUACAGUUCAAUGCCCUCCCCAGACAUGGACCCUGCUGACCGGCGCCAGCCCGAGCAGGCCCGCCGGCCUCUCAGCGUCGCCACGGAUAAUAUGAUGCUGGAGUUUUACAAGAAGGAUGGCCUUAGGAAAAUCCAAAGCAUGGGUGUGAGGGUUAUGGACACAUCUUGGGUGGCUCGAAGAGGCUCCUCGGCUGGCCGGAAAGCAUCCUGCGCCCCACCCUCCAUGCAGCCUCCCGCCCCACCUGCCGAGCUGGCUGCACCUCUGCCGUCACCUCUGCCGGAGCAGGUCCCAGACAGCCCCGCAGCGGCUGUGGUGCCCGUGCUUUCUCCAGCUGGCGGGGGCCUGCAACCCCUGCAGCCCGCGGCGGAGCGCACCAGCACCUCUAAAAGCAAGGAAUUAUCUCCAGGGUCUGGGCAGAAAGGAAGUCCAGGCUCUGGCCAGGGAACAGCCGGUCCGGGGACACAGCCAGGCACCAGCCCCAGCCAGCCGCCUGCGGACCAGAGUCCUCAUACCCUCCGGAAAGUUUCAAAGAAGCUUGCACCAAUUCCACCCAAGGUCCCCUUUGGUCAGCCGGGGACUGUUACUGACCAGUCCACUGGCCAGCCCUCCCCGAUCAGCCUGUCUCCAACUCCACCGAGCACCCCAUCACCCUACGGACUCAGUUACCCUCCAGGGUACUCCUUGGCCUCAGGCCAGCUCUCCCCGGCUGCAGCUCCUCCCUUGGCGUCUCCUUCUGUUUUCACAAGCACUUUAGCCAAAUCUCGGCCCACCCCAAAGCCCCGGCAGAGACCUACCCUGCCGCCUCCUCAGCCUCCCACAGUGAGCCUCUCGGCCUCCAGCCCUCAGUCCACAGAGCACCCCAUGCUGGAUGGCAUGUCCCCGGGAGAGAGCAUGUCUACAGAUCUUGUCCACUUUGAUAUUCCCUCCAUCCACAUAGAGCUGGGAUCAACACUGCGCCUGAGCCCCCUGGAGCACGCACGGCGACACUCGGUGACUGACAAGAGGGACUCGGAGGAGGAGUCUGAGAGCACUGCCCUCUGAGGCAGGUCCCACCUGACCGUGUACAUAGACACGGCCCAAGGAUGCACCGCCGGGAGCGGUCCCUGAGCUUGCCAAGUGUUCUCCAUUGGCUCUUUCCCUCACUUCCAACGUGAGGUUGGAGUUUGGCAUAAAGUUGCCAUCUCCAAUCUGUGUGGCAAAUGUAGGUGGUGCAGAUUUUGUUUGUUCCUUUUGGGUGGUGACUUUGGCCUUUUGUUUGACCUUUGCCUUUUGACUUUGUGCCUAUUUUGAUCCAUUCUCAGCCUCCACGCCAAGCAGCACCCACCCCUCUGUCCAGGGGCUUGUCAGGAGUGUCCUUGUGGGGUAGGGGAGCAAGAAAGGAUUAAGCUACCUGGUCACACCUGAGGGAGGCUGCCUUGACUGUGACAGCUGACUCUGGUCCUGCAGUAUUUGUCUAAUGGGCCAGAAAGGAGGCGAUCAGGAGGGGAGGUGAUACCUCACCCACAGCUGGACUAGAGUUAGAAUCCCGGAAGUGCUGGGCACUGAUUCUGCCCACUGGACAGGGGAGGGCCAGUGCAGGGGAAACCUUGGAGGUCACCCUUAAUCAGAGGGCUCCAGAGUACCUGGCUUCACUAACAGUUCUAUUUCCCUCUCCCCAUGUGUGACUGAAAGCUCCCUUCACUCAUCAUUUUAUACUUUGGAAUUUAAAAGAUCUUGACCAUGUCUGAAGUACCCAAGGUAGCGCCCCCAAGCACAGCAGACAUCCGAGAGUAACUGUCUGUUCUUUGUAGAGGCUACAGCGGAAUAGCAAUAAUUCUGUUACCCAGAGCAGGUAGAAGAGUGAACCCAGCCCAUGGAGAUGCGGGCCCCGCGAUUGGCCUGCGGUGUGGCCUGCUUUGCGCACCAGCACCUGUGGCUCAUCCCUCUCAUCAAGUCCCAUCCAGUCCUGGGGAGGGGAUGGGGAGGCCCUGAGGAGCCUGUAUGCACUUCAGGGUUACGGGGGUCAGAAACAGAUCUGGACCAUGCAUGCAAAGUCGUUGAAGUUUAAAAUUUUAUCCUUUUAAAAUAGAUAUAAUAUACCUAUACAUGAUAUAAUAUUUGUAUAUAUGAAAUCUCUCUAUAUUUGUUUAAUUUGAGCCAUUCAAUCUAAACCAGUGUACAGGUACACAACGAAAACUGAAAGGCUUACUUAUUUUUCCCAAUACAGUGUAAAGCCACCCUUCUCUGAGAGUGGGACUCGCGGACUCUGAUGUUACAGCUUUGCUCACCUCCUGGCAAGGGCAGUUCAAUCCCCACUUUGUAAUGGAGCCCAGGGGUUGAAAGUUAUCUUUAAAUAUAUGUAAAAAUCGUUGUCAAAAGUAAUGUUAUUAAAAUAGAUUUAUUAUCCCGAA